UUCUUAUUAUGGUGACUGUAUCGUUGUACAUUGGGGAAUCAUGGCAAUGGAUACGCACUCAAUUUCUUCCAGGUAUCUCACAUUCAAGUGCGUUGACACCUCUCGUGAUGAUCUUCAGACAGAGAUUACGGUAUUGUAUUUACGACCGAUAUUGCUACCUGUCAGCAAUCCGUGGUUCAGGCUCCUACGAGGUCUUUGACGACCUCUGCUCGUUUGUCUUCGGAGCCUCAUCCGGGUACCUAGCUACAUAACGGGGUUAUGAUCCAAGACUGUCGACCUGUACCCCCUUUUUAGCCGCUCCGUUACGGUGCAUUUGAUCUUCCAUGGCAAUAUCUUGGAGCAAUAUAUCAGUGCUACUAUUACCUUCUCCGUGCUCUCCAGCGGAAUCAUCAUCCUUUUAGGGACUGACUGACUCAUCGCACUGUCUCGGCAUACCCAAUGGCCGCGUCUGUCUUUACUAGCGAAGGCCAUGCCCCGAAAACUCAUCUUUCUCAUGGGAGCACCCACGCCGAGAAGCCUUGAGUGGGAUGAAGACAAGCUGCUCCAGGAGCCUAUCUUCCCUUUCACAGACCAAAAUCCUCGUGACGAAGAUUCAUGGCAUCUGGCGGACGCCCACCCUGUGAAAUGGAGGCUUUUGCAGGAGCUACGGACAUCUGAGUCGUUCCCGGGCUCUUCCAAUUCGGAGGGUGGGGAACGAGCCUGUUUCUUAACAACCCACGACCUCACGGCCGAUAGAGGUACCUUGGCGGCUGGACAGGAGGGUUUGGCACUAGCCAGGUUCUACGAGCACUCCUUCACCGUGCAUGAGAUUUCCGAGAUCACUACGGCUGGUGUUCGCUCUGGAGAUUCCCUCCAAAACAGCGGCUUAUGGGCCGACAGUACUGGGAGUUCGAUGGCAACAGAGAGCGAGAGAGAGGCGCUGAACCCAGGAAUUCUGCCUCAUGGACCCGUCAUCGACCUCCAGAAUAUCCCUACAGCCGCAUACUUGACUUCCAUUGUGCCACAGACAAUGACUGUGAAUCUUGUGGUGUCAAUCAUCACUAUCCACCCCCCGCGUCGUAUCGUAACACGGCAAUGGAAGAAAGAAUUAGACCUAGUCGAGGUUGUUGUCGGCGAUGACACACGAAGCGGAUUUGGAGUAACCUUUUGGCUACCUUCCGUGGAUCAAGGAGAUCAUGUUGCAGAGAAUCGUAACCCCAUCGAAAACGAACUCGGAAAGUCGCUAGCGGCACUUCGACCACGUGAUAUUGUUCUGAUGCGCACGGUAGGAUUGAGUUCCUUCCGAGAUCGGGUGUACGGGCAAAGUCUGCGGAAGGGAGUCACCAAAAUCGAUCUUCUGCAUCGACAGCGGGUUGACGCAAACGAUGCAGGUGGCGUGUACAGUGCAAAGAGGCUGCGACACUUCCAACCACAGCAGGGUCCUGCAGCUAAGAACGAAGAGGAUCUACUGGUACUAAAAGUGAACAAGGUGCGCGAGUGGAUCAGACAAUUCGCGCCGGAUGCGGGAGGCGGUGUCAAUGGUAAGGGGCCGCUAACACGUGGUCGUCUGUCUGGAAAAGCCCCCAGGCAUAACGUACUGCCUCCAGAUACGCAAGAAGUAUAAAUAAAACUUCGGCAACAGUACGCUAGGUAAGGGCUUAGGAAGCUGGAAAGCGCUGAGUCUUUACAGGGAUGCGCUUUAGCUCCUGCACAUGACUUCAAUGGCUGGUAACACAAAAACGGGAAGAAGUGUCUGCUCUUACAAGCAGGGAGAGAUGCAUGGGCGAUCGGACGAUCCUGAAGCUUGGGAUUGGGGACAGAGGCGCGAAUACGAUUAUGCUUCCUGCAGACACUCAUGGCCUCAUUGCGACUCUUGAGGUGAUACAGCGACAAGCGGAUUGGGGAAUGCAACCCGAGGAAGGUUGAGCAGCAUCCACCUGCCGAGAUACGAGGGAGUAUAAUGACGACUUCCGCUGUUGCCCAUGCUAGUGACCUUUGCAAGUGACCAGAUUGUUGCAUUGAGUUGCAUAACAGUCAUAAUACGGAUGGCAGAUCAUAAGAAAGGAAAACAAGAAAUGAAAUCGCAAAUAUCC